AGUCUGCUGGCUGCCGGGAGUGCGUGCGGAGCGCAGGAGCUGUGCUCUCGACUGGAGGAGAUUUGGGAGUGAGGACUGGACUAGAGAGGACUGUGGUAGUUUUGAGGAGAGCCGCUGGGUGGUCGGUGAAGGUUGCUUACCGCAGCGUUUAAUUGAUUUGCCGCUGGUGAUUUGCCAAGGCCGCAACUGGAAACUGUUCGACUUCCGUCUUCGUCUACUGAAGAAGUGGCAUUCUGAACUCUAGUGCUGUGGAACAGGAGCUCACUGAAGAAUUUAUCUGGCUCUCGCAGCCACAUCCUCCGAGCUGGCUCCUCAAACGACCACCGCCCUAACCACCGAGAUGGCUUUUGCCAAUACCGGGGAGGACGCCAUCGCUCCGUCUCCCCCCGGCCGACGGCGGCGCACCAGGAGCUCCCAGCGACGCGCUAAACCCGCACCGCAGCCCAUCGAAAUCCUGGACGCCGCCACCGGAGAGAUGAUCACCGAAUCUGCCGAACAGACAGACGACCAGAACGUCGCGUGUGCCGGUAAGUACCCUUCGGCGAAGGGUAUCAAGAGCACCGGCACCGCACAAUCUCCGACUGAGGAUGGUCACGGCGGUGUAAACCAGCUGGGUGGCGUGUUUGUCAACGGCCGACCGCUGCCCGACAUGGUCCGCCACAAGAUCGUCGAGCUGGCGCACAACGGCGUCCGCCCGUGCGACAUCAGCCGCCAGCUGCGGGUCAGCCACGGCUGCGUCAGCAAGAUCCUCAGCAGAUUCUAUGACACCGGUUCGGUGCGGCCGGGGGUGAUCGGCGGCUCCAAGCCCAAAGUGGCCACACCUACCGUCAUUCAGGCCAUCGCCGAAUACAAGCGCGCCAACCCGACCAUCUUCGCCUGGGAGAUCCGCGAGCGGCUGCUGGCGGAGCGGGUGUGUGACCAGGAGGGCGCGCCCAGUGUCUCCAGCAUCAACAGAAUUGUGCGGAACAAGGCGGCGGAGAAGGUGCGGGGGAGCCACGGCGGCUCUGGCCAGAGCCACCAGCAGCACGGGCACACGGGCGGCCUGCCCUCACCCAUCGGCCAGACUUCGGUCAUUGCGCAUGCGCCGCCGGCCGCGCACGACCUGAGGGACAUCCGACCCAGCUACAGCAUCAACGGCAUCCUGGGCAUCGGCGCGCAGGACCCCAACGGAAACAACAUCGGCAAAAGGAAACGCGACGACGAGAACGACGAAAGACGCCUGAUUGACAACCUGUACGACCCUAGGCCAGACGAGCGUGACCUAAGCUCGGCAGCUGAGGAGGAGGUCAAGCGGCAAAGGGUGCAGUACCCGGUGGAACAGCUCGCCUACUCUAGUUUGCCCUGGUCGAAGCAGUGGCUGAAGGACGAGGCCGGAAAGGCGGCCAACCUCCUCCCCGAGCUCUCUGCGGCCGGUGCGGCCGGCACCGGCUACAGCUUCGGCGCCGGCGGCGUGGACCAGGCCGCCUUCAGCUCGGCAGUGAGCUCGCAGUCCGAGGCGCUGUACGACAGUAUCGGUCUGGGUCAGCAGCAGCCGUCUGUCUACUCGCAGAGUCUGACCGCGUCACUCGGCACCUCUGCCGGCCUCACGCCUCUGGCGCCCAUCUCCAUGGACAGCAAGUCCUCCCCGGGCGCCACAGCGCCGCUCCUCGACGCCUCCGGGCAAUACCAGCAAGGCUCCGUUCAGAUGCCCGACUACAGCAGCUACCCGUACCCGCAGUACGCCGGGUACGCGGCUACAACUACUCAUCGUCGGCCGGCGGACUGCUCAGUAAAUGAUCUCCUCGGGGCUCGGUCCUGAGCAGCUGUCGCCGUCAGCCAGCCCCUGGCGGUGACCGGCUCAACCAGCAGUGCUCGGGGCCGCUCAUAGGUGGCGCUCCAAACCCCAGCGCAAACUCUAGCAAGCUGCGGCUACGCAAACCUGCGGCGGCGCUCAAAAUGCACAGGGCCUACAAUCACAGCCGGUUGAAUCCGGUUAUGGCUGGUUUCAUCCGGACACAGCCGGCUCAAGGCGGUUAUCCGCCGAUCUCAGAAGAAAGCAAGGCUCUGAGCGGCGCGGGCGGUUAUUGAGCCCGAAAAAUGCUGUACACCAAAGAUAUUUAAAUUGACGAUCUGACAACGCGUACUGUACAUAGAUACCUGCUUCGUAGAAAUGUACAUAGACGUGUGGAUGAGUGCGUCCGAGCUUGAGCGUUUAAAAACUGGUGGCAGCAACGGCAAUCAUGGGGACGCUUGUGACGUCAGCGUCCACGCCUCGUCCGAGCGUGAAUCUGAUGGUGCGUCGUCAAGGUCAUUUGUUGAUGUCAAGGUCACUGCCCGGGUGGCGGCUGGCGAGUCGGGGGGCCCCGCCGCUGGCGCCAUCUGUUGGUGACCUCUACGAUACGAUACUGCUAGUGCUGUUUUAGUUGUGCGCUGAUGAGAGUUUUGUCUGAUCGUUACACAGCUGAUAGUUUGUACCAGGGGCUGUCGGAUGUUCCUGACGGUCCUGACAUGGCCUGAAGACGGUGAUGGCUCAAAAAGACAUGGUUUCA